UUUAUUGGUCUUGGUGCAGUAUGAAAGAGUGUCUCCCACUUGGUUCCAUGUGGUCGUUUCGAGCCGAUUUCUAUCUUCCUUUCGCACAAUAUUUGACCGGAAGACCAAUUUAAUAAAGUUUUCGAGGCAUGCUUGGAUGGAAUACGAUUUGCCAACAAGAAAUCUGUCUUUUGUUUGAUGAUCCCCGCUCGUUUGCGAAGGAUUGACCUAUUGGAGUCAUUCUGGCACCAGCACAGUAUUCUUCUUCUUCCCCGGAUGCGUAAUCAUAUGUGGCUUAAACAAAUGGUUGCCAUCAAAGUUGUCUGCCCGACCAUAGUCUUCCUCAUCUGCUGUGACCAGAUCGAGCAAUUCCUGAUGGCGCGCAUCGAUAUAGCCCUCAAUCCGGAAGGCUUCUGGCACCUCAUGAGCUUCCGUCGCCAUCUCGAUAGGAUUUUUAAGCCUCUUCUUCCUGUUUCCUUCAUCCGGAAGGCCAUGAACACAUUUCACAAGCAUGCUCAUGUCGGCAUUCAUUGCACCCAAAGGUACGGAAUAUGCGUGUUCAUGAACAUGACCAUAAUAUCUAUAUUUGAACCUAAUGGUAUCAGCCGACUCAAAGAAGUUGUGAAGAUGAUAUCCAGCACCCCCUGAAAUACUAAGGCCGGAGUCCAAUGUACGAAAGUCGGCUCCAUUAUAGCGAGGAAAGAAACCGUGCUCAUUGCCAUCUGGAAUCUUCUUGUAAUCAAAAUGCAAGCCAAAGCCUUCUUCCCUUACACCAACAAUGUCGCCAGUGCUAACUUUCCCUGAUCUCAGAGGCUUCGGGUACUUGUCUCCAUCACCAAUGCCUUCUAUGCAAGCCCCAAUCACCACGGAAGCUUUCGAAUAGCGAUGGAACUGAGCUUUGAGUUCAGAGCGUUUGGUUUCAGCUUUGAACAUGCAUUUUGGCGAUCCUUCGUACAUGGAAAGGAAAACUCUUGCCAAAGGCGCUCUACACGUUUGCUUGUCGUCUGUUCUCCAGUUAUUAUUGGGCGCUUCGCAUACCUGUAUCGCGCGCAAUACGUCUCUGGAAGGAAUCUCGUCCAUGUCGAAAAUAAUGCCAAGAUCUUCUUUUGUCAUUCCCAAUUCUUUCCAUUUCACGAGAAUUCUUUCACGCAUCAUGUGCUCUCUCAGCAUGGUGCGCUUUUCCUUUGUUUCGUGCACAAAAUUGUCGAUGUGUAUCGCUGUGUUGGGUCCAUAGAUACCACUAUUCAAAAUUUUGUAAUCGUGAGAAGGAGGAUUGCUUUCAAAUCGAACGGCUCUUGGUUGAAAACUUUGUGUGCGGUUACUUUCAAUAAAGGUGAUCGAGUGGAAAAUACCGUAGGUCUCCAAAGCUUGGGUACCGAUUACAUGCCAAGAAUCAUCGGCAAUCAAACUCCCGGCAAAUAUUCUUCUUCGCUUGGUGCGAUUUUCGUACUUCAGCCCAUCGAAUUUUUUGCAUAGUUCUGAGUCGGAAAUAGGAUCGUGAAACGCAUCCGGUAUUGGCCGAUCCACAUCGAGGACCCGGGCCAUCAGCAAGGACAACGAUCCAGAUCCUCGAAAAUGUGCACCGAGCUCGUUUGCGUCGGAUGAGUCAUGAUUGCCUGAGACGGUCAUCUUCCCAAACAUGGAAGCUUGACUGCUGCGUUGCACAUGGUCAUGGCUGAAGAGGUUUCUUUCGACCAGAACAAGUAGAAGGGAUACGUAAACAUAGACGAAAAGUAGGGAGGCUGUUACGAAAGAUUUUUUUCUUGCCAUGGUGAUCGUCGUUAUGGCAGAAAUGCAGCAAGCCGUGCAGUACGAGUACUAAAAGACCAUCGAUAUCCGAUCCAAUUCUUUUUGCUCCCGCUCCCUGUAUUUUGUUGAUGGUAAAAAAAUUAAGCACUACGGUAUGGUGUGCACGACGGGAUCGUGGGGUAUUGGCGGUAGUAUUGCUACAUUUACGUACGGUACCGUAUGGAAAAGGUCAUAACAGAACAGUUUCUGAGAUUUCUGAGAAAAUCACAAUACAGUACGGUACUAUUACUACGCGUAACAUAACAAUUGCAUUGAACUUUCUUUUAAAUAAGCACAGAUGAUCAUUUUGACCAAAAUGGCAUUUUACGUCGAUUUUGGCGUAAAUUUAGAGUUAGGGAUAAUACUAAUAUUUCUGUAAGAAUCCAAAAUCUGAUUGGCUGAUAAUGAGGAUUGAGAUUUCAUUUACUAAUAGUUUAAUUUAAUCAUAGAAUUUCAUUCAGAAGUGAAGAUAGAUCAAAUCUUCAGUUUAGUAGUAGUUUGAAUAAGAUAUAAGAACAACCUGAACUCUAAAUUAAAGCCAAAACCACUCUAAAAACCCAUGAUGAGCAUCUGGAUUAAAAUGUUACUUCAACAUUUGCAAUCUUAGUAGAUUUCAGUAGCCCUCAUAGAUCCUAGUAUUCCCAUUCUUUGAUGUGGUAGUGUGCUACUACCUUCCUAAAGCAAUUGUUUGGGUCUUGCACAUACCUUCUUAAAAAAGAAGCAGGGAUCUAAAAACAAGAAGGAGGAUGAAGGACGACACCCGUGCCUGCUAACAUUCAGACUGUUAAGCAGAGCAUUCAGGAUGUUGAAUUGAAGCAAAAACUGCUUCUCCCUCUUGUUUAGGAAGAAGACCAAAUUUAUUGUUUUUGGAUGCUGGCUUGCUGCCAAAUGAAGAAUGGGGAAUAUACCAGGAGGAUCUAGUAUGUAGGCCUACAGUGAUAUACAAACAUUCCAAACAUUAAGUCUGACAUUGGGAAUGUUAAGUUAACAUUGGGAAAUUAAUUCAAAUAUUCAGAAUGCCCUGUGAAACAUAAUUUCAAUUGAUCUGCAACACAUAGUAGGAGUAGUAAAGAAAGUUCAAUUCUUAUUUUAUGCCUAGUAGUAAUAAGUCUGAUUGUUGUUCUAGUACUGCAGAAUUACCAGACAAGAAGCGCUGUUGGCAAUAUGGGUAGUAAUGUUGACCAGAUCUUUAAUGUAUGUAUAGAGAGAGAUGAAGGAUUCUUUGCAUACCAGGAACUGCUUCAGAACACAAAUCUUUGUUAAGGAAAGAAGCACUGAUAGCAAUAGCAUUAAGUAGGAGGAGUGAUGAUGCCACACUUGUUGAAAAGGAGGAGGAAAUACCAUGUGUUAUCAUUCCUACUGCUUAUUGUUCACUGAUUAUAUUUCCAGUUUUAUUGUUGCUCAUGAAAGGUUACAGAGUGAAAUUCCUGGAACUGCUACUUAUUAUUCCAUGCCAACCAUCAUGUUAUUGCAUGCUAUUUAAAUCCGCUAAUUGUGACAAUAUUUGAUCAGUUGGAAUAUAGUACAGUUUUUAACAUGGUACAAGAUUUCAUGCAUUUUGCAAUCUUAAUGAGCAAGACGACUCCAUUGCUCAAACUCUCAUGAAUAAUGACAAAUCCAUCCGAAGUACUAACACAAGUUUCUUCAGAUCUCAAACGUUACACCGGUCGCUUUCUCACUUGUACUCCAAAGCAUUUCCUUUGCUUUUGGAUCUACUUCGUAGGGUUUCGGCGGAUUCGGCUCGGCCCAUCCCGCAAACCUUUCUGGCCCGUACAGAGUUCCACCCCGAACGCUCUCUCUGGAAUCCAUCAUUCCCUUGAGAAGCCCCAUGGAACCAUCUUCUGCGGAUUGCAUAAAAGUAUAGGCUACCACGUUUAGCAAUGCUUUCAUGAAGAUUCCAUCGAUCGGGAGAUGAUCAGCAAGAUUGGUACGAGAACCACCGGGAUGGGCGCACAAGCUCAGAAUGUUUUUGCAGUCAGCAUUCUCGCUGGCCUGGAUCUUGUCAUGCAGGCAUUGCGUAAAGACAGAAUUGGCGAGUUUGGUUUGAUGGUAUCGGUACCAUUUGCCACCCUUCAUAAAUCCGUUUUCGGUGUCUCCUCCAAGCAUGCCGUCCUUCUCUUGUUUGAGAAAGUACUUUUCUUCCAACCCGUUGUUUGGGGUCAUGUGCCGGGCGCCCGAGCUGUGCUGGACAAUCCGAGCAUCACCGUGUUCCUUAGAAGCAGCAACGAUGAGGGGAAAGAGCUCCUUGGUGAGCAAAAAAUGAGAGAGAUGGUUUGUUUGCAUCUGCUUAUCAAAACCGUCUGCCUUGGUAAUUUCGUCAGGAACCGCCAUGAUUCCGGCAUUGUUCGAGAGGCAAUAGAUGGACUUGUAGCCCUUGUCCUUGAUUGUCUGGGCAGCCGCGCGGACGGAAGAAAAGUCCUGGAGAUCGCAGUCGAUGGGCACAAACUUUCCGUCAGGAACCGCGGCCCGGAGCUUUUCCAGGGAAGAGACCGACCGUUCCGAAGGGCGGUUCAGCAAGAGAACUUCACCCCCGUGUUUUGCCGCGGUUUCGGCUGCGACAUAGCCCGUACCUGAGGUCGUUCCUGUUUGUACACGUUAUUUUAGGUUGCGGUGCGAGGCAAUGGCUUUUAAUUAGAACGAUGAAUCCUACACGCAAGGCGGAUGUGCAAGAUCCAAGCGGAUGGUUGGUUGAUUUACUUCACUUCGAUCUCCAUACCCGUUAUAAAAGGAAACUUUCCAU